GGCCGUGAGCCCUGCCCGCUCCCGGCUGCUUUUCCUGGAAAGCGGGGCAGAAGGGGGACGGGCACCGGGCAGCGCCGGAUCCCGCUGAAGCCUCGUUUUUCCCGACCCCCUUUUAUUUGGCUCUGCCCCGGGUCCUCCCCGGCCAGGCGGGGAGGAAACCGCCCGCCCCCCGCGGGGCCGCUAGGGGAACAUCUGGGCGGCCGCGCCGCAAACAUCUGGGGCGGCCGCGGCGCAUCCCCCGGCGGCCGCAGCUGGAAGGUCCUGCGGCCGCGGGGUUCGCCCGGGCCCGGGCCGGCAGCGAAACCCCUUGGAGGGGGAGAGGGGCUGCGGGGCAGGCGGAGGAAGAGGCGGCGAGGGAGCGGGACGGCGGAGGUAUCGCCUAGCAGAAAACCAUGGGCAAUUUCAAAGGGCAUGCCCUCCCUGGAAGCUUUUUCCUUCUUUUUGGCUUGUGGUGGUCAGUGAAGUAUCCACUGAAGUACGCCUGUCGAAAAAACAAGAAUGCUUGCUACCUUGGUUCCAGGGCAGGAUUUCAGCGCCUGGAGUUUGUUGAGGGGAUCAUCAAAGCUGUCUUUGCUCUGAUUGGAAUGGUAGCCGAGCAGUUUGUUCCCGAUGGACCUCAUCUGAAGUUGUAUAAUUACGAGGAAAAGCACUGGGAUCACUUGAUGAACUGGCAACAUGCCACCAUGUACCUCUUCUACGGCAUUUCAGGGUUGGUUGACAUCGUGGCUCACGGGACCAACGCAUUGCCGGUGGCCAUGGACAGGAUGAUGCUUUCCUUAGCAGUUUUUAUUGAAGGUUUUCUCUUUUGCUACCACCUUCAUGGGAGAGCCAUGCUGGAUGUUCAUGUUCAUCAGUUACUGCUAUUUGCUAUCUUUGGAGCAGCUGUUUGCAUAUUUCUGGAAGUUUUCUUCCGUGGCAGUAUUGUGCUAGAGAUGCUCCGUACAAGCCUCUGCAUAUUACAAGGCAGCUGGUUCUGGCAGAUUGGUUUUGUGCUUUAUCCUCCAAAUGGGAGCCCAGAGUGGAAUCAGACGGAUCAUACGAAUAUGAUGUUCCUGACCAUGUGCUAUUGCUGGCAUUAUGCCUUUGCUUUUCUUAUACUUGCAGUGAAUUACACAAUCGUCACCUGGGCAGUUCGUUCAAAGGUUAAACAGUCCCAGUCCAUGGAAAUGGGAUUACUGAAAACAUCUGAACGAGAUCAGGAGUCAGAAGAUGAAAUUUAGUAUGAAUAUGCCUUGACUAGUUUACCCGCUCUACCAUUAGGCUAAUUGAUACCUCAUUUCUAGAUUUUUUUUUCAUUCUUUGCUACAAUUUGCUAUGAAAAUAUCAUCCCCUGAGUACUGUCUACAUCUACACAGUUACGUCUUUAUUUGCAGAGGGUAAGCUUGGUAUCGAUUUGUGGUGGUUGCACUAGUGCCUUGCUUAUCACAUGGUUCAAAGAAAACCAGACUAAUAUUAGACAGACUUGGAGUGGAUGAGGUGGCAUGAUGAAGUCUGUGUAUUUGCCUAAUUAAAAGCUAAGCAAAAUGUUUUCCAGCUGCUGCUGAGCAGACUGUUAAGUUUCCAUAAUUAGGAUGUCAAAAUAAGCGUGUUUGUUGCCCUGCAAGUAACUGUGCGUAACUAACUGUGCAGACCUGGAAAAGGGUAGAACAAGAUAAAAAUAUCAGAGUCUUGCAGCUGUCUUGUUUAACACCUUCAUGUCUUUGCUUGUGGCUUUAUGUUAAACGGAGAGAACUACUCACUGCAAACCCAUUCCGUGUUUCCCUGAAGAGUGUGCAGUGUGUUCACUCCCGCAGAGACACUGCCAAGCUUGGCAGGAGGACCAAAGAGGUGUAUGACGAUCAAAAGCCACACAGUUAUUCAUUCUCGCGCCUAGAUAGUCCUGCCUCUUUGCUAUCACUUGACUUUGAAAGGCAGUGAAGUGACUCCGCUUUUCCUCAGCACCUGCAGCAACUUCUUUUCCAGAAAGGCUGAGGGGCGUCCAGUGAGGCAGCACCUGGCCACAAAGCCAGUUUCUGUCCCAAGGUUAUUUCCUUUCCUUUGGUGGAAUUUGGUGGAAUUUCAGCAGGGUUCAUAGCAGACACAUGACUGGACCCAGCACCUGGGUCAGGAGCGGCUAAUGCUGAUCUGCAGGCAGGAUGAGACGGAUUUGCAGGCAGGAUGAGACAGAUUUGCACCCUUUUCCCUGUGUCGCCCCUACAAGCGCUGGGCAGCCUGCCCAGGGCUGCAUGGCAAGCUGUGGGAGGGCAGAUGUUGCCUUCAUGGUAGCUCCUUGCCCAGCUACCUAUAGCAGUGAGUGACAUAAAAAACCCAUUUUUUUAAUUGUAUUUAUUUUCUCCCUAAAACUGAAGUCUCAAUCCAGUGCAAAACAGAGUGCCCUCCCCAAAGCUCAGCGUUGCUUGGGAUGCACUCCACUCUCAACCAAAGGCAAAUAACCGGUACGUGGCAAACGGCAUCAGAAAAUGGUGUUGUACAUAAGCACACUGCCCUUACGGGGUGGACUUUUGAAGCAUCGCUCUGGCUGUAACACAUCUUUCAAAAGACUUGCGCAGGCAGCUGGGCAGGAUGGAGCACUUGCUGCGCCACUGCAUGUGUGCUCUGCCUUCCCGGGGCCUGAGCAUAGGACACGUGCUGGCGGCCAUGGGCCCUUUCACAUAUCCACCAGCGGUGAGGUGACCAUUCUGGAAAACAGCCCUUCCCUUUAUACCACCUCCUGAAAAUAUUAUUUUCUAAUUAUUUUCAGAAAUAGGCUAGUGCAGGACAACACAUUCCGUUCAAAUAGUACCAGUGCAUCGGGUUUGGUGCUGCAGAAGUGUGUUCCUUCUGUUAUUUGAAUAUUUUCAGGUGCUCCUAAGGGAAUGCAGAGCUGGACUCUGGUAGAGGGAUGAGAGCUGUAGGAUCUGCUCCCUCUAUUUUUGUGUUUCCCUUAUAUUUUUUUCAGUGUGAACCAGAAAAAUGAGUAGCAUAAAAUUAUUAAUUGCAGUAAGCUGAUUGCUUAAAAAGAUAGGCAAUAAAAUAGUUUGUAGCUCAAAGGGAUCCUAGGACUCAGAAAAAAAAUCAAAGGCUUUUUCUAAAGCUAUUUCACCUUCAAUGCAACAUACACAUUCACUUCAUUUUUAGGACCCACCUUUUACCUUUUCUUUUUUAAGGAGUAACUUCCUUAGCUGCACAUGCUGUUAAUGUGGAAUUUAGACUGCCAGGCUUAUCAAUGUCUUUCCAAAAUCAGUGAGGUCAUUUAUUCUGAGGGAGAUCUUCAGAAAGUACUUUGCUUCUCAUAGGCAGGAACAAUGCAAGUUUCUUCACUGCUUUUCUUGAUUAAUUAUAUUUAAUACUGUACAAAUAUUAAGGUGCUGUAUCUCUAAACUAAAGGGAUAACCUAAACAGGAAGAAAAGUGUGAUAAACUGGCUGAGCUUUGAUAUGUCUUAAAAGACUUCAGUUGGUAAUUUUUUAAAAUUAUUUUAGAACUUUGCCAAGUAUCGUGAAAUGACACUUGUAACCAAGUGUAAAUUAUCCAGAUGAAUCUUCUCUGGAAAGCAAGAAUAGUUGACUCCCAGACAUUUCUAUGUUUAGAAAUGUAAAAUGGGAAACUGCAGAUGCAUAGCCAAAGAUCGCCACUUUUCUUAAUACUUGUUUGCCCUUCUUCAAUGCCUUUCUCUGAAGGGCCUUGGAGAUUUUGGCAAACUUUAAUGAAGUCUGUCUCAGGACAUUCUUGUAAGCUAGGUAUCAGUAUGGCAUUUUUGUAGCUCUGUGUCUCAGCUUUGCAGUGGUCUCGCUGUAAAGUCUGAAUUAAUUGAUAUUUACUCUACUCUGCAAAUCUAAGGCUUGAGUUCCAUUACUGUGGUUCCAUUAAAAUCAGACUUUUUGUUGGCAUAUGCCAGGAGGCAGAUCCGCGGCUUUGCUGAGGAGCUUGCCUGUUAAUCGCGGCAGGAGCACCUUGGCCAAAAGCAGCGUGUCAUUACAGACAGCUGUAAUCUUACCUUCACUGCGCCACAUCACUCUUGUCUCUAAAUUGCUGGGAUUCUUUUAAGGGGCAGAACUUUUUUCCUGACAGCAUGAUUGGGAUAUAAAGCUUCUGCAGUGCUGGGCAGUGAAGAUGAAGGUUAUGUAUCAAAGAGAACUUGGGGAUUAUUGCAAAAGUCUGUCACGGUAAGCCAAAAUCAGUUGACGAAAUGAGUCUCAUGGGAUUCAAUAACCUGAGUGAGCUGUGAACGUGAAGGGUGCUUAGCAAACCCUCCUUUUGUAAAAAAACCCUGCUUUUUCAGAAACGAAAAGUGCCAGUACUCGAAGGCGGUGGCCAGAAGAGUGGCUGCAGCUCCUGCUGUGACCGCCUCAGCCCCGUGGCUCUGGCUCCGUCCUCACCUGCACCCGGGCAUCACCCAGCAGUGGCUGUAGGCCUGUGCCUUUUCUUGGGAGAAAACCUGGGCAGGACUCAGCCUGCUGAGGGGGAUCGCCUCUGUCACCCUCUGGCUCCCUGCGGUGAAUCUCCCACAAACGAUCAGAGAACUGGACGAAUAAGCCCAUCAGACACAUCUGCUGGUUUUGGCGCAACCGUGCUUAGCAAAGAUGCCUUUAGAGAAGCCCAACGCGGAGGCUAAUGCAGUCUGUGACGCAGGACUGUAGGGCAGGCUUCUUACCAAAACUCUCGCUUCACGUAAGAGAAGGUGGCAUUGCAUUAUUAAGCUUGAAGAAAUGCAAGGAAAAACAGAUCCUGACGCCUCAGAGAAACAGUGGUCUCUUAGAUUUAAUUUUUUAAUACCUACAGUACACGCAGAGUGAGUGUCAUAGUGGGGUUUUGUGCCUGAUGUAUGUUUGGUGCCACAAAGGAAAGAAACACCCCGUUUCAGGGCGGGUUUUUGCUACGCAGAACACCCAACCUGUUCUUCUCAAGCAUUGUUCAAAAGAGAUGUCGAGGAACAGUAAGAGUACGAUGUACUACAGUGAAAAAGGUACAGCCUUUGGCAUUUCACUAGCUUUUACUUGAGUUGAACGAGUGGAGGAAAGUCUGACAAGUUUACAAACACCACUCAGAAAAAGGUAGCUGCUCUCAAGAAAAUUUAAAUUAUUGUUAAAUAUCGGUGCCUUUGAAAAGCUAUAUGGUAGUUUAUAAUAGACAAGGUAUGCCUG